AUGGCAGCCGAAUCUGAACAUCGAACGGUUCAUACUACAGAAGGGGUUGUCCCUCAAGAGAACAAGGAGUGCUCAGAGACAUUGGAAGUAUGUCAUAUUUCCAAUAAUUGGGACCUUCCCUCAAGCCUGCACGAGUUUUCCGAAGGUGGUUUAGCAGGUUGGGCAACUGCUUUUGGAUCUUUUCUCGUGCAGUUUUGUGCGUUUGGGUAUAUUACUUCGUUUGGUGUUUAUCAAGGUAUUGCUGCAGACGAACAUAUCCUCAAGACUUGUAGAUGGAUCGGGAGCACGACUGCGUUUUUACUCAUGACCGUGAGCCUCGUGUCAGGUUCACUGCAUGACCGAGGAUACUUAAAGAUCUUUCUUUCUCAAGGCUUAGGCUUGGGUAUUGCGUCGGGGCUUGUGUAUAUUCCUACCAUGGCUGUCAUCUCCCAUCACUUCCGACGGAGACGCACACUGGUUAUGACGUUCGUCGCUACGGGUUCACCGCUGGGUGCUAUCAUCCAUCCGAUCAUGCUCAAUAACCUCCUCAACGGUCCUCUUGGUUUUGCUAAUGGCGUCCGUGUAAGCGCAGGGUUUACCAGCUUAUUUCUCUUGACUGCAUGUCUAUCCAUGCGAACUCGCCUUGAUCCGCCGGCGACACCAGUGAACUAUAUUGCGGUAGCUAGAAAAUGCAUUUAUGAUGUACCGUUCAUGCUCCUGAUAGCAGGGACCUUUCUUCUCCAAACGGGCUUCUACUAUCCGUUAUUCUUCUUCCAGCUCGACUCCAUCAAGCACGGUAUCAGCGUUAAAUUUUCGUUUUACUCUUUAGUGAUUUUAAAUGGGUCCAAUUGCUUGGGACGAUUCACGUCAGGGUUGAUUGCGUCAUUCACGGGGGUUCUGAAUUUAACCAUAGUGGCGUCAACCUCGUGCGGUGUGCUCAUUUUGGGCAUGAUUGGGCUGAGUAACUUGGCCAGCGUCGUUGUGCUUGGCAUGCUUUAUGGUUAUUUUUCAGGGCUGAACGUUGCGAUGGCGCCUCCACUCGUAGCUACUCUAACGCCCGACCUCUCUGAGCUUGGCGCACGGAUGGGCAUCUGUCUCUUUGCUGCUGUCAAACUUGUCGCGAUCACUAUAGGAUUCGGAGGUUUGAUCGGAGCACCUAUAUCUGGCGCCCUGCUAACAUCUAAUUAUACCUGGUGGAUACCCGGUCUGUUCUCCGGGACUGUUUCACUGGCUGCCGCCAUAAUGUUUAUCGUCAUGCGAUAUGUGUUUCUCAAAAGGCAGCGCGUCCUAGAUUCCCCUAUGCAGGACUUCAACAAUGAGGCAAAAAUAUGUGCGCCCAGAAUGGGGAAUGGACAUCCCGAUUUCAAUGUCAUGUCUAUUGAAGAUAACAGCAGGCCGUUCCUUUGCAGAGUCUCAAGGUCACCAUUGAUGGCGAACGCAGACUCCAAGCGCAAGCGCAAAAGCAAAAGUAAAGCAGGUUCUCGAUUUAACUUUGUAGCUAUACUUGUUGAUAUGGCAAAAGUUCAAAAAGUGUGUCGUAUAUCGUUUCGAACAACAGUCCAAUCAUCCACCGUGCGCACCGCAGGACCUUUAACGACCGAUAUCCCCACCUCCGAGGUAAAUUCCCACUCAAGCUCCCUCGUACCAUCCAAAACAACACUCGAAAGGCUUCCUAUCAAGUGCGGGAUAAACGCUGACGGCUAG